AUGGCAACAUGAACAUAUUUAGGCUUUCAAGACAGAGCUUCUCCUCUUAUAGAACAGUUAAUUUUUUUUCAUGAUCAUAUUAUAGUAGUACUAAUUAUAAUCAUUACUUUUGUAGGUUAUAUAAUGGCCUCUAUUUUAACUAACUCUUUUAUUAAUCGCUAUAUGCUUGAACAUCAAACUAUUGAACUGAUUUGAACAGCUUUACCAGCUGUUAUUCUUGUAUUUAUUGCCCUACCAUCAUUACGACUACUUUAUCUUCUUGAUGAGGUGAAUAACCCGUCUGUAACUUUAAAGACUGUAGGUCAUCAAUGAUAUUGAUCGUACGAAUAUUCAGACUUCUUAGAUGCAGAAUUUGAUUCUUACAUAACUCCCACUAACGAACUAGAAUCAUCAGGGUUCCGAUUAUUAGAUGUUGAUAACCGAACUGUUCUCCCUAUAAAUACUCAAAUUCGAGUAGUUAUUACAGCAGCAGAUGUAAUUCAUUCUUGAACUGUACCUGCUCUUGGAGUAAAAGCUGACGCCAUUCCUGGACGACUUAAUCAAUCUAGUUUUAUAAUAUCACGCCCUGGAUUAUUCUACGGUCAAUGUUCAGAAAUUUGUGGAGCAAAUCAUAGAUUCAUACCCAUUGUAGUUGAAAGUGUAAACACUAACUCCUUUUUAAAUUGAAUUUCUUCUUACUCCGAUU